AUGUAUCCAGUCCAUUUCAUCAUACUUCUCGCAAUCCUAGGAGGAUUCAAUGGUGUUGUCGUUGCUUUUCAGCAUCCACCACUCGGAGCCAAAGCGACCGACUUGGCACUUCAUGCAGCACAUGGGCGAGGCCGUCACAGUGAACAUCUCAAUGGCAAUGCACAGCAAGGCUCAACCAAUGGGUCGAGUGCUACCGUUGGGAUAAUUGUGCCUUUGAAUUCGGCAACGGCAGCAGUACCAACGUCUAGCGGGCAGGAUACACAGAUAAAUUCAUCAGCACGAGCCGUUCAAGAAACAAUCUCGUCCACGACCGUCAAAAAUAGUACAGCAGCAUCACAGGCAACACAAACUCUAGCAGUGGGGUUAUUUCCAUCUGGCUCUGACGAAGGACUGGUGCCGUUGGUAAUUCUAACGGCUAGCAAAGGAGAAGUUGCUACAGUCACAGAAGGGUCUGAGACAAUAGUCAUCUCCGAGCUAAACGCAAAUCAAGCGACGUCAACGUCCAGCCCUGUUGCUGCCAUGUCUAUUAUCAUCGUGUCAACCUCAAGCACUGUAACUACUCCUCCGAGCUCUAGGAACUCUAGCACUUCCUCGACCAUAUUAGCAACAGCAUCAGACAGCAAGGCUUCGACUUGUCUUGUCAAAGGGUCCAACGCUGUUGUUACACCGGCAACGACUCUCACGCCCACCACUCUCGUCACUUCUCCAGUCUCCAUAUCAAGUGCAGUUACUUCUGCGGCAGAAGAUAACGAAGAUGCUUGUAAAUGUACUUGUGCAUGUCCUUCGGGGUUUAUAAUUCAGACGACAGCGUCCGCGGUAGUAUCUGCGGGCGUACCCCAGUCAGCGUCAGAAGUGACCAGCACUGAUAUUGCCACUCAAGCUCCGCCAAAUUCUGGAAUAUCCAUCAUUCAAGCAGUCUCGACAAACUCUGUGGGAGAGACUUCUUCAAGCGAAACAUUGUCAAUGACCAUUACUGCUUCAGCGACUACAGCCUCUGACAACGCCGCUAAUGUAAAUAUGGAUACUCUUGCACUUUACUCCGCGUUGACGAUAGCUCUUGGUGGAUAG